AUGGAAACGUCUACCCAAAUACCCAUGGUUGGCUACUUCAUCUACCGCUCAGGUGAACAAGCCGACCCCACCGCUCUCGAGUUCUGCCCUCCCAAGGGUUCCGAUGAGCUCUUCUUCGCCUUGAAGACCGCCUACCCUCAUGUCAAGACCCAUUCGGACCGCAUGAGAAAUGCAGUCAUUGAGUUUCUCAAGCAGGAACUUACAGAGGAACAAAACCAGAUGACAACUCCCAUCAUUCCCAUGGAAGCCGAUCUGUCCUACGAUGUUUCCAACAAAUCUCCCUGGUGGCCCUCCAUGGAUUCCACUGCCUCAACUCUCAGCAGCCCUGAUCUCUACAACCUGGCCACUCCUGCAUCAAUGUCCUCUUACCAAGCUCCCACAAUGAGCCGUCAGAACUCGUCGUCUCAGUCUAGCUCUGCUCAAAAGGCCAAGCCUGGACUCGAAGAGAUGACCGGUGUCUUCAGUUUGUCAUCCACUUCUCAACCUAAGACUCGCGUACGCAGAAAGAUGACCGAGUCCGAAAAGCUCGAGUACCGCAAGCGUCGUAUCGUCAAAGCUUGCGAUUCGUGCAGCAAGCGUAAGCGAAAGUGCUCUCACAACCAACCAGAAAUGGAGAAGGUUCGCUCUUCCAAGGUCACCAAAACAAAGGCACCGACAUCGAACAUCAACUCGGCGUGCGUGGCACAGAUGGAGAAAGCAAUGUUCCAAGCCACAGAACCUUCCAUCGUCGACGAAGAUCCCUUCAUGUUCCUCAACCAGAACAUGUUCAGCGAGCUUCCUAUCACUGACGACUUCAUCUUCGACAAUGCUAUGAUCUCUCAAGCUCCUCAGCAGACUACCUGGCCGUGGAGCGAUACUGCUGACUGGACUCUUAUCGAUACUCCACUAUUUGCUCAAACAUCGCCUUCCUACCAACAAGCGCUCUUCCCCACGUCUACCGGCCUACUUUCACCACAACCGACACCACAACUGGAGCUGAUUCACGAGCCGGUGGAACAAAUACAGGCUUCAGAAUCACCGACUGCUACGCAAACGCCUACUCGCGCUUGGCGCACGUUCUCGGACUUCUCCCGUACAGCCUUCUCCACUGCCGACGGACUCGACGGUAAGGAGCAAACUGCCUUUAUGGGUCUCUCGUCUCCAGGCGACGAUAUGUCGCCUUCUCAACUGCGUAACACGUACUCUUCUUUGGCAACUCUUACCGGAACUCAAUCUUCUCUUCUCAGCGGCUCGGCAUCCAAGGACUCGAUCAUGCAUGCUGGCGGUGCCGAGAUGGCGCCACAACUAGUUCCACAGGCUCAUGGACUAACCGUGAAUGCCAGUCGCCCUGAUAUACCACAACUCCGAGGCACUGGUAGCAGCAUUGCUAGCGAUGGCCUGGUCAUUGGAUCAAGCCAGGCGAUGUCACAACAAGAAGCCUAUGAUCAAGCUGGUGCAGGACUACGACAUGUAGUGACCGAAACCAAUGCUACGUCUCCCAAGUCGGGAGACCGAUAUAUCGGGAACACAAGCGGAAGCGACAGCAUUGCUACGUCUCUCGAACCCGAACCCCAGGGGACGGCUAGAACGAUCCUACCUGCUAGAUCAUCUGCAGGAAUUUCACCCUCCUCGCCCAGUGCUUCUGCAGGACUAUCAUCAAUUUCGUCCAGUGUAUCUGCUCAAGUAACCGCCCCGACUGCUGAAGUCAGCAGUCACGGGAUCGACAGGACGACGAAGUUACAGGUCGCUGCCUCUGAAAGUGUGCGCCAAGAUAGCAUUGCUGCUAGUGGGGAAGCACCCUCAGCCGCCCGACCAUCCAGUCUGUCUGCAGACUCGAUUAGCACAUCGUCAUCUACGAGUACAAUUCGUACUGGACCCGACAGUCCACGAUCACGAUCUCAGGCUGCCAGUCCAGACCUACAUGGCGGACUGUCUGCCGCAGCCGGCACGCCAUCCACACCCUCCGAUGCGAUCGCCCACGACAAGGACUCCAGGAAGCCAACCUCGGCCACGCAGGCCAAGGCGCACUCCACGGAGUCCGAGGCUCUUGCCAGUAGCGGGACUGCAGCACCUCAAGCAGCAGCGACGCCCUCUGAGCCUCUGCGACAUCGUCGCAAGCGAUCGCCCGGACAAGCCAUUGCUCCUGCAACCUCUGCAAGCCUUGAUCUCGAUGAGACUAAGGUUGCGGCUGCCGUGUUGGUGGCCCAGGUUUGCAUGACAUGGCGGGCUAUGGCUAGUGCAUUCGUGCAAGCUAUGUCGACACCGACGUCUUGUAGAAGCUACGAUGGAGAUUGCACGUCUCUGUCUGCUUCCCGGGCUGUGUUGUUGGCU